AUGGUGAAGAAGACAGAGAGGAAAGUAAACAUCUCCGGGAAGCCGAAGCACUCGCUGGACGCGAACCGUACCGAUGGAAAGAGCAAGAGCAAGGACGCGCGUACUGGGGCCACGGUUCGCCGGCUCAAGAUGUACAAGACGAGGCCCAAGCGUGACAGCAAGGGAAAGGUCUUGAGGAACGAUUUCCAGUCCAAGGAGCUGCCUAACACUCGUAUUCAACCUGAUCGCCGCUGGUUCGGGAAUACUCGGGUUGCAUCGCAGCAGCAGCUUGACAUUUUCCGCGAGGAGCACAGUAAAACGGUGGCUAGCAACUACAAUGUUAUUUUGAAGGGGAAGCAACUGCCCUUGUCCCUCUUGAAUGACCAUCAGAAGCAAACCAGAGUCCAUCUCCUAGAGAGAGAGUCAUUUUCCGAUGCAUUUGGACCUAAGACAAAGAGGAAGCGUCCAAAACUCAUCGCAGCAGAUUAUGAGUCCUUAGCUAAGAAAGCUGAUGGUUCUCAGGACAUGUUUCAGCAGAAGCAUGCUGAUGACAAUACUGCAGAAGGUAGUGAAGGGGAUGGAGUUAGGGACCUGGUCCGGCAUACAAUGUUUGAUAAGGGUCAAAGUAAACGUAUCUGGGGUGAGCUCUACAAAGUUAUUGACUCUUCAGAUGUUGUUGUCCAGGUUUUGGAUGCAAGGGAUCCACAGGGUACAAGAUGUUACCACUUAGAGAAGCAUUUGAAAGAGCAUUGCACACAUAAACACUUGGUUCUUUUGUUAAACAAGUGUGAUUUGGUUCCUUCGUGGGUGCUCAGCCGUUGGUUGAAUGUAUUAAAGGACGACUUUCCAACUAUUGCGUUUCAUGCUAGCGUCAACAAAUCAUUUGGCAAGGGAACUCUUCUAUCAGUGCUGAGACAAUUUGCCCGCUUGAAAAGUGACAAGCAAGCCAUUUCUGUGGGGUUCGUUGGGUAUCCCAAUGUUGGAAAGUCAUCUGUCAUCAACACAUUGCGAACAAAAAAUGUUUGCAAGGUUGCUCCUAUUCCAGGGGAGACUAAAGUGUGGCAAUAUAUAACACUCACAAAGAGGAUUUUCUUGAUUGAUUGCCCUGGAGUUGUCUAUCAAAGCGGUGACUCUGAAACAGAUAUUGUACUGAAGGGCGUGGUACGUGUCACAAAUUUGGAGGAUGCUACAGAACAUAUAGGAGAAGUAUUGAAACGAGUUAAGAGGAUCCACCUGGAAAGAGCAUAUAAGAUAAAAACCUGGGAUGAUGAUAAUGACUUCCUCUGUCAGCUGUGCAAAUUGUCAGGCAAACUUUUGAAGGGUGGUGAACCUGAUUUGAUGACUGCGGCAAAGAUGGUCCUCCAUGACUGGCAGAGGGGUAAGAUACCAUUUUUUGUGACCCCUCCGGAACGAGAAUUGCCAUCAGAUGAGCCUGGUAUCAAUAACAUAGAAAAUGACACCGCAGUAGAUAGCAAUCAGGAGUCAACUUAUAAAGCCAUUGCGGAUAUUAUUUCAUCUCAGCAGCUAAGUAGCAUCCCUGUCCAAAAAGAUCUUUUUACUGAAGAAGAGUUGAAAGGCGACGAGGCCUAA